AUUAGGAAACGACUCCCUAAAACCAUUCGUGGGUGCAUAUAACAUUUACGUGCAUAGAUCAACUUCCAGGAGCAGCAGUAUAGAUAGAUACUCCAGUUCCGGAGGAUUAAACAAGUUGGUUCUUGCUCAGGAAGUCACGCCUAGGAUUCAACAACUUCGGAGGUAGCUUGGUAGGCCUUCAACGGCGACGUGGCUAGCACAAUGGAUCGUCUACCAGCAGAGAUUAUAUAUGAGAUAAUAUCGCAUCUAAAGGCACUCGAAAAGGCACACUAUGGUCGAUGGAGAUCAAACCUCUCGCCCUAUGCGACAAUCAACAGGACAUGGCAGAGCGUAAUCGAGCACGAGACAUUCAGUCGCAUAAAAAUCGACGCAGACACUCUCCCCGAGCUCAUACCUCUUCUCAGCGGCGCAACAGGUGAUCGUCGCAUUCGUUCAAUACGGGCGCUAGAAUUCAACUAUCUUCUUGAUCGAAUGGGCCUCCGGAGUCCUACAAAUCUUAGCUGGCGGAGAGAGCAGGAACAGCUGGCAAAUGGGUUAUUUUCCGGGGAUAUGCGUGCUCUAUUUGGUUUACUCAAGGGCUGGGAGGAUAGAUUAGGCGGGAGUGAGCGCGUGGCAGCAGAGAAACACCAGCUGUGUCUCUUUCUGGCAAGGGGAUUGGAUAGAGGUGUGCCAACCAUGCCUCAUCCAUCACGGAGAAUUUCAAUUUCACCCAGGCCGGCGGAUGCGCUGCCGGAUGCGCCAGUAGUGGAUCCCUGGCAAGAAUAUGAAUUGGAGCUCCGCUACGGCCCCCGGCCUGAUGUGCAAUAUAUCGGCGACGAGAAGCUGCUGCCAGAGCUCAGUCUCGUGUCCUCGGUGACAGUAUGCGAAGGUCAUGGCAUCCACCCUGAGAGUCUGAUGCGGGUUCUCUCCCGGAUGAAGUGUCUAGAUUGCCUCGAUGGGUAUGUUUUUGACGAGAUGGAGAAUCCAGACCUCACUUGUGAAUAUCGGAAAGCUCUAGCUCAGAGUCUGCAACUGCUACCACGAUCGCUCAGUGUAUUCAACCUAGAUUUCCUGUCCGAUUUUUCCGAGCCGCUGACUUCGGACUCGUUGCUUGUUGACCCUCAGCGCGACCACCUCUGCAUCAGCAUACGAAUUCUGUCAGGUCAGCUCCGAAAACUCAAACUUUCCGGGCUUCGAAUAUCAUCCGCGGUCUUCGCAGGUAAUGGCGAUGGUUCUUAUCCCGACUGGUCCAGUCUGGAAGAAAUAAAAAUCAGCUACCCCGAGAUCUCGUCGACCGGCCAAUGGUUCGCCAACCGCGCGCCCCCAGAAGUAGUAACACAAGACGACUCCUACUACUCCAACGACCCCAACGACUACAAAGAUUGUACCUACGUCCCCUCAGCCGAGCCUCUCAACGAGCUCUUCGCCGCAGCUGGGAGGGCAAAACAGCACAUGCCGCGCCUAAAAUAUAUAGAUUUGAGGCUAAGUAUCGAUUUUGGUAAACAUAUAUUCUUGUACUAUUUUAACAGGGAGAAAAAGAGGAAUAUGGUGGCCUCGUAUAGCACCGGGGCCUUUGGCUUUAGUAAGGAGGUCGCUGAGGCUUGGGGGUUUAGUUUGCCUGAGGGAGAGACGCCCAAGGAUGGAGAUAUGUUUAUCAAUGAGGUUAUAGUAAUGUAACGUGUAGAUAAUUAUGAAAAUACCACUAGCAAUAGAUAAUAAGGUGAG